GUGAUGUCUUGAUCUGAAAGGGGGUGGGGGAUGAGGCUCCUGGAAUUCCCCUGCGGCCGGAGAGCCCUGCGGCAGGAGGCGGCGGCGGCGGCGGCGCAGCCGAGGGAAAGGGCGGCCGCGAAGGACUGGGAGGGGAAGCGCCGCAGGAGGGCGUCGCCGUGGCGGCCUUCGCUGGUGGCGAUCUCGGAGGACCGGGCUCUCGUGGUGCGAGAUGGGGCGGCCGAGGGCCGCGGCGGGCCACGGAAGGCCACAGCCAAAUCCCCGAGCAGGGUCAUCCCCAGCCCCUUCAAGAACGACUACGGGCACUAUGGAGUACUUACGACGGCUGUGCCCGCGUUUGCUCCGACUGCCUUCAUAUUCUGAAAGCUUUGAUGGCGAAGAAGAAGAAGAUGGAAGAUGAUGCCGACCGAUCGAUCGAUCCUUUUUCUCCUCACCGUUUUCUCGUUUCCCUUUCUGUGCGUUCCAAUUCCCUGCAAAAAGCCACUUUGUAUAUACAUUCCUGGGCUGGUUUUAAUCUGCAAUCUUUUCCUCUUUAGCAAGCCACA